AUGAAAUUUGUAAUGGUGCAACUAGCCAAGGAGCAUCCACUGUUCCAGUUUGAAACGAGUUUUAUAGAGUUAAAUCAGGUCAAAUUUGCGAUAUUUGUGGUUGGUUGUUUAAUGAUGGGCAAGGGCAGCAACAUGAACUUUCUUGGACUUCGACAGAAUGUAAUUGUGGAAAAGAAACUUGGAAAAAUUCUUUUGGAGACAUUAAACCUUGUCCAACUUGUUCAAAAAAGACUUUUCCUAACCAGCAAGGAUCGCAAAUCCUUUUAUCCACUCUCACCCAACUCCAACAAUACUUCCUCGCCAACAACAUCCACUCCAUCACUAAUGAAAAUGGAAACUUAA